UGACGUACGAGGCCGAGGACAUGGGGACCCUGCCGUGCCUGCGCGUGGAGCCGGGGCCCGGCCCGGGGGGGCCCCGCAGCGUCCCCACGCUGGAGGUGACCGUGGCCGAGGCCCCCCCGCAGGGUCCCCCCGGGCCCCCCCCGACCCCGUUCUCUGCCCGGCGCAGCAUCUACGAGAGCCACGAGCUGGUGCUGCCGGGGACCCCCGAGGAGCUGGGGGCGUUCGUGGGGGGGGCGGUGGGCGGGGCCCCCUGGGCCCUGCAGGUGACGCUGCCCCGCGCCCACCUGAGCCUGAGCCCCCCCGAGCUCCUGCAGCGCCUCUACAACAGGUACUCGGAGGAGGAGGAGGAGGACGAAGGCCCCGGGGGGUCCCCGCAGGACCUUGGGGACACCGGGGACCCCCCCGGGCCCCCCCAGAGCGGCGGCGCCAUCGUUGUCACCGUGCCCUGGGGCCGCGUCACCGCCGACUGUCACCCCACGGAGCUCGUGCUGGCGCUGUCCCUCGAGGGGGCGCUGCUGCGGCACCGUCCGGACCCCCCCGGGACCCCCUGGUACCGCCAGCUGCUGGCCCUGCUGGCCCUGGAGGACGAGCCGGUUUUGGGGUACACGGCCCCCACACCCCUGACCCAGCUGCACCUGCACCUGCAGCGCUGCGGCCUCGACUACAGGCCGCCACCCCUCCCCCUGCGGGUGCUGGUGACAGCCGAGACCCUGAGUGUCACCUGCGGGAGCGGCCCCGACCCCCGCCCGGGGGGGCUCAGAACCUCCCGGGAUUUCGUGUCCGUGCUCGAUGUCGAUUUCCUGGAGCUGGUCCUGAGCACCUGGAGGGGGGGGGACGGCGGGGGGGGGGCGGCCGCCCCCCGGCUGCGCUGGCUGGCCCCGGGGCCCCUGCGGCUGCUGCCGGGACAUUUCGGGGUCCCGCGGGGGGAGCGGGACCGGCUGCGCCCCCCCCCGGGGCUGCCCCCGCCCCGCGCCCGCCUCGUCCUGCGCGACCUCAGCCUCACCUGGGCCCUCUACGGGGGGCGGGACUUCGGGCCAGGCCCCGCCCAGCACAGGGAUGAUUGA